AUUUUUAAUUUUUACUGUAAUUGAAAAACCCUAACAAUCUAGCUUACCUCUUUUCUUCAUCACAGAUUUUGUUUCAAUUCUGAAUUCGCUAUGGCCGAUUCUAUACUUUCCCUAAACCCUUCCAAAACCCUACACAGAACUCAACUCAACAAUCCCAUUUCCCAAUCCGCAUCUAUCUCCCGAACAAGAAUCACUUUCAAACCAAACCAAUUCCGAAUCCCAGCUAUUCGUGCUUCAAUGGCGCGAAAAGAAGGCGAACAAAAACCUUCUUUUGGAGACACUCUCCUCAACAACGCUCGCAAAAACCAAGUUUUUGAUUCCAUCACAAAAUCCCUCUCUAAUUGCCUCUCUGAAACUAACCUACAUUUGACAGUUCCUGCUCUCAAAUCGAAAAUUCGCGGCAAAGUUCGAGAUAUUUAUGAUAGUGGGGAUUAUAUUGUGUUAGUUACCACUGAUCGCCAGAGUGCUUUCGAUAGGGUUCUCGCUUCCAUUCCUUUUAAAGGCCAGGUUCUCAACGAGACAAGUCUGUGGUGGUUUGAGAGAACAAAGCACAUAGUUUCUAACGCAGUUGUAUCAGCUCCAGAUAAAAAUGUUACAAUAGCAAAGAAAUGUUCAGUUUUCCCUGUUGAGUUUGUUGCUAGAGGGUUUGUCACUGGAAGUACAGAUACAUCUUUAUGGACUGUCUACAAUAAAGGCAACCGUAACUACUGUGGAAAUAUCCUAUCAGAUGGAAUGGUUAAAAAUCAAAAGUUACCAAAGAAUAUACUCACUCCAACUACCAAGGCUGCAGAUCACGACGUUCCAGUAACUCCAGACGAGAUUAUAGAAAAGGGACUGAUGACUAAAGCUGAUUAUCUAGAAGUCAGUGAAAAAGCAUUAAGCUUGUUUGAAUAUGGACAGCAAGUGGCCUCGGAACACGGCCUUAUUUUGGUAGACACUAAAUAUGAAUUCGGGAAGGCAAAUGAUGGAUCUAUUCUAUUGAUUGAUGAGGUCCAUACUCCUGAUUCAAGUAGAUAUUGGAUUGCCAAUUCUUACUUGGAGCGCUUUCAAAAUGGUCUUGAGCCUGAAAAUGUCGAUAAGGAGUUCUUGAGGCUGUGGUUCAAAAGUCACUGCAACCCUUAUGAAGACGAGGUCCUUCCCGAAGCUCCUGAAGAUCUUGUUUGUGAACUGGCUUGGCGGUACAUUUUCUUAUACGAGACUAUAACAAAAUCAAAGUUUGAGGUGCAAUCGACCGAGGAGGCGAUACACGACAGAAUUUCACGAAAUGUUGCAUCUGCACUAUCAUCCUUAAAGUAGCCCUGGAAUUUUAGGAGUUCACUUUAGCACUGUAUUUUUAAGUAUCCCAUGGUAAAAUAUAUAUAUUAAAUAAUCUAAAUUAAUCAGGGAAAGUAUCAGAAAAUGAGUUUUUAAUUUUCUAAUUGACAUAACCUAAUAAAAGAGCUGUUUUUUUAAAGCAGGAUUAAAUGAGUCCAUUGCUUUGUAUUUUAGCUGGUGACAGCACUCUAACAAUGAAUAUUUUUUGGCCUGUAAUCUGUAUGAGACGUUUUUGACUCUUGUUACCAGAUACAAUUUUUUGGGUUAUGGUUUCUUA